AUGGAGAGUCCUAGGCCAUCUGGUGUCUCGAGUUUCGAGAACCGUGCGCUUCCUGCGCGCAUGCAAUACCGAAGUCGACCUGUCUCUGUUGCAGUUGACCCCUUGUCCUUGGUCAUAUCGGAGUGCAUCUCCAUAACUUCUGCUAUUCAAAAGCAUGCGCGUUCACCUCACUCAUCCGUCUCAGCUAUUCUAGGUGGGAGUCCGAAUCCUCUCCAGCUGGAACCCCCAAGCCCUUCACCGCGUGAGCGCAGUAAAAGCCCGGCGGGCAGCAUCAGCGGCGACGGCUCUCAUGACGCCCUUACCAACCGUUGGGGUUUACGUGGGCAAAGGGGGAAAAGCAUGCAAGACAACCCCAUGAUUGCUGGCUUUGGAAAAUUGAGGCAUGAGCUUGCUGGUGUAAAAGAUAUUCGGUCGUUCGAUGCCCCAGCGAUUCUGGCUCCCUUCCUCCAUGUCAUCCAGACCAAGGGCACCGCCGCUCCCAUUACAAUUCUUGCUCUGGGCGCAUUGAGAAAGUUCCUAGCUUACGGGUUCAUCUCCCCAGAGUCACCACGAUUCGCAUUAGCUAUGCAGUCCCUUUCCGCUGCUGUCACACAUUGCCAGUUCGAUAUUAGUGACUCAGGCCAAGUCGAGGUUGUUCUUUUGAUGAUUCUUAACCUUAUGGAAGACAUGAUGUCGGGGCCAGGAGGUGAUAUUCUCAGUGAUGAGAGCGUUUGCGACAUGAUGGGCCGUGGUCUUGCUAUCUGUUCUCAACCACGGUUUUCCCCUGUCUUGCGCCGCACAGCUGAAGCUUCACUGGUAAAAAUGUGUCAGAUUAUUUUUGAGGAUGUCAAGCAUCUCGACGUCGAGGUUGGCGACGACGGCAAUGCCCAGGAUCAACAGACCGACGACAAUCUCAAUGGUAUCAGGAUGGAACAUCCUACCCCUGAAGCGGAUGGCUUGACUACUGAAUCGGUAAGCCUGGAGGUCCCUGUUUCAUCAACUCCAGAUCCCGAGCGAAGCAGUAGAGAUACCAUAGCCACUUCCGAAACAGCCAUGGCAACCAUUAGCGACCCAUCUGAGGAAACGGAAUCUGUCGAUCUUCGACCUUAUUCUUUACGUUCCGUUUGUGAGUUGCUGCGGGUGCUGGUAGACUUUUUAGAUCCUCAAGACCGACAACAUACCGACACGAUGAGAGUCAUGGCAUUGCGAAUUAUACAUGUUGCUCUGGAGGUUGCGGGCCCCUUCAUCUCUCGACACCCUGCUUUGGCAGGCAUAGCAGAGGACCGCUUAUGUUGCUACCUGUUCCAGUUGGUUAGGUCAGACAACAUGGCCAUCCUUGAAGAAUCCCUCAUUGUCGCCGGGACGCUCCUAGCAACGUGCCGUGGAGUACUGAAGCUUCAACAGGAGUUGUUUCUGUCAUAUCUGGUUGCUUGCCUGCACCCAAAAGUCGAGAUUCCCCGCGAACCAGGCAUCGACCCAUCCCUCUACGCAGGUAUUCCGCAAACCCCCAAACUUGUGAAACCGUCACAAUCGUCACAGCCUAGUAGCGGAAGGUCGACUCCAGUCCCGCUCAAAGAUCGACAGAAACUUGGUCUGGAAGGGGGCGCCCGGAAACCAGAUGCUCGUCAGGCUAUGGUGGAAGGCAUUGGAGUUUUGUCGAGAAUGCCAACGUUCAUGGCUGAGCUUUUCAUCAACUAUGAUUGCGAUGUCGACAGGGCUGAUCUUUGUGAAGACAUGAUUGGUCUACUCUCCAGGAAUGCUCUCCCCGAUUCUGCAACAUGGAGCACCACAAGUGUGCCGCCACUCUGCCUUGAUGCACUACUUCGGUAUAUCCAAUUCAUUGAUGAGCGUCUUGAGCAGAACCCCAUCUUUGAAGGCUUUCCAGACCCAGCAACCCUGAGAGAGCAGCGACGGAAGAAAAAGAUCAUCAUAAAGGGCGCGAGCAAGUUCAACGAAAAGCCUAAGGUGGGCUUAGGGUACCUGGAAGCGCAGGGUAUUAUCAAAGAUGCAACAGACCCUGUGGCAGUCGCCAACUUUCUUAAAGGCACCUCCCGCGUCAAUAAGAAAGUACUUGGUGAUUUCAUCUCUAAAAGGGGUAACGAAGCAAUACUAGAGGCAUUCUUAAACCUCUUCGACUUCUCCAAUAAGCGCGUGGAUGAAGCCUUGCGUCAAUUCCUGGAAUCUUUCCGACUGCCCGGAGAAGCGCCCCUGAUUGCCACGAUCGUGGAAUCUUUCUCCGAAAAGUAUUGUUCCAAUGAUACAACUGGCGAAGUUGCAGACAAAGAUGCGGUAUACAUCUUGACAUACGCCAUCAUCUUGUUGAAUACCGACCAGCACAACCCUAACUUGGACGCGAAGAAACGCAUGACGCUGGAGGACUUUGCUAGAAACUUGCGAGGAACCAACAACGGCCAGAAUUUCGCGCCCGAGUAUCUACAGACUAUCUACCAGUCGAUCAAAUCGAAUGAAAUCAUUCUUCCUGACGAGCAUGAUAACAAGCAUGCUUUUGACUAUGCUUGGAGAGAAUUACUCUUGAAGACCGAGUCAGCUGGCAAUCUUGUUAUCUGCAAUACGAACAUUUAUGAUGCCGAUAUGUUUGCAACAACAUGGAAACCAAUUGUUUCCACGUUGUCCUAUGUUUUCAUGUCCGCCACCGACGAUGCUGUCUUCGCCCGAAUCGUUACUGGCUUUCACGAGUGUGCUCGCAUUGCCACAAAAUACAAGAACUCAGAGGCGCUUGAUCAGAUUGUUUACUGUCUCAGCCAUAUGUCGACUUUAGCAGCUGAUUCACAGUUCAACACUUCUUUGAACACCGAGGUCCAAGCUGGCGACGGCAGUGUCAUGGUUAGCGAGCUUGCUGUCAAACUCGGGCGAGAUCUAAGAGCCCAGCUAGCAACGCUUGUGCUCUUCCGUGUUGUCACUGGCAGUGAAGAAUUGAUCCAUAGGAGUUGGAAAUAUAUGGUUCGCAUAUGGCUCAAUCUCUUCAAUAACUCGCUCAUCUCAUCAUUUUCGCCAAGCAAUCUACCAAGCUUACCACUACCUCCCAUUCCUCUUCAGACGCCAUCGCAAAUCAUUGACCGCGGAGCACGAAACGCAGACACAGGGUUCUUUUCGGCAUUUACUUCGUACAUCUCAAGUUACGCUGCGGACGACCCCCCCGAGCCAUCCGACGAGGAACUUGAGAGCACGCUCUGUACUAUCGAUUGCAUCAAGCAGUGCAAAAUGGCUGCUGUAUUUGAAAACAUUGCUGAUUUGAAACCGUCCGUAGCGAAGGUUGUCGUUGAAACACUUGUCGAACAAUUGCCUGAGGAUUCAAAUACAACAGUGAUCAGUGUCAAGCACGAGAGUAUGCCAGCAUCCUCUACAAAUGGGCACACCCGACCACCGGGACACUUGGAAUAUGAUCCGAGUGUGGCGUAUAUCUUGGAGUUUUGCACACUCUUGGCAUCGCGAAAUGCCGAGUCAAUCGAAAGCAUGGGUAAAAUCGUCUUCGACACGCUUCAAGGCGUUCUUCGCGAUCCAGCACGCUACCACGCUGUUACCGUUUCCCGCGCUUCGUUCUACGCUUUGAAGCUGCUCAAUAUUGGCUAUGUCAGUUCUGUAACAACCAAGAUGGAAACCGAUGCUAACUUCGUCCAGGAACACGAUUUCGUCAACGUUCCAUUUUUACUUCACACAAUCUCAACCCUGCCACAGGAAGCUCUGGGCAAGAACUCGGAUCUAGUGCUGCAGGGUCUCUCACUGUGCAUUGAAGAAUCUGGCCCCCUGCGACGCGAAAUAAUGACGUCUCCCGACUUUUGGGCCAUUCUACGUACUUUGGCCCACCGCCCUGAGGCGGCGGCAUUGGUGUUCGAAAUUUUGGAAAAAGGAACCACUGGAACACCUCCGGCUAUCAUGGCUGACAACUAUGAAGCGGCGAUUUCGCUCUUGAAUGAUUUCGCUUCUGCUGCUAGCCCACGGCAACCCAAUGUGCAACCUCGAAGUCCACGGGCUCAAAAGACUAGCCCUCCCAAGCAAGAUAAGAAGCGCAUGGCAGAGACGGCUAGCAGAGGGUCGAAAGCAGUCAACAUGCUUUACAAUAUGACAGACAGGAUUCCUCACCUCAUGCAACAGUCUCAACUCGAAAGCAGCGAAGCUUGGUCUGCCUACUGGCUGCCCAUCUUUCAAGCCUUGACCACGCAAUGCGCAAACCCCUGCAGAGAUGUACGGCAGCUUGCGUUCUCUGCCCUCCAACGGUCGCUCUUAUCUCCAGAAUUGACCUGCAGCGAUCCUAAAGAGUGGACUGCCAUUUUCGGAAAGGUGCUCUUUCCACUGAUAUUCCAGCUUCUCAAGCCCGAGGUGUUUCUGUCAGACCGGGAUGGAAUGAGCGAGAUGAGAGUGCAGUCUGCAUCUCUUCUUUGCAAGGUUUUUCUCCAGUAUAUGGUACUGCUAUCUGAGUGGGACGGAAUGCUGGAUUUAUGGAUCAAGAUCCUCGAUAUCAUGGAUCGUCUUAUGAACAGUGGCCAGGGCGAUAGCCUCGAGGAGGCUGUUCGUGAGAAUCUCAAAAAUGUCUUGUUAUUCAUGUCCAGUAGUGGGUACCUUGUUUCACCGCACAAGGACCCCUCAAAGGAGAAACUCUGGUCAGAAACCUGGAAACGUAUAGAUCGGUUUUUACCUGAGCUCCGCGGCGAGCUCGCAUUAGACGAGCCUUCAAGCAAGGAGAAUGCAAUUGAUCAGGCCGUGGGUGCGCCAGCACAAUCCCAGGAUACGGGCGAGAAAAUGGAUGAGAAAGCAGACAAGGGUGCAGAAACCAAGGCAACAGAAGAGCUAGUAAAGGAGGACGAGGAAGACUAG